UGAGUGAGUGGAAAAAGAAAAAGUCUGUGCCGGAGAAAGAGAGGGGCAAAGAAAGAACAGAGUUGGCUUUGGGGUUUUCGUUCCUUUCAGAAGCGCCGCUGUUUUGACUGUCGUUUAGGAUGAUGAUGUGGAGGAGGAGUCGACCAUGCGACAUCGUUGCAACAAACGGGAUGAACGUUUAGUCUCGUUGCAUUCCGCUGCUCCGACACCGACCAACAGCAGCAGGGCUCCUUCAAACUUCGACCUGCGCCAUUCAGACCGGGGCGACUGGAUUUCCCCCCGGAGGCUCGGGGCAACUGUUCGCAUCGGACGCCGCGUAACGUUACUUUAAAACAAAUAUUCCGGCACUAAACUUUUUUUUUUCCCAACAAACGCCGAUGUGUCGAGAUAAAACGCACAAGCGUAUGUGAAGUCAGCGGAGUUUGUUUUUUUGUCCUACUCAGAGCGAGCACAUAAUCGGGGCAGGUUCUUUUCUAACCAGCCACUUGUGAGAACAACACCGGAGGAAGGAGUGGGGUGUCACUGCUAACUUGGCUAAACGCAAAGCUAACUAACGUCUAAAGUUACGAGUCGACGGGGAAAGUGACCGAAGCGGCACGCCGACGACGACGACAACAAAGAUGAAAACCCCGGCAGACUCGGGGUUUGCCUUUCCGGAUUGGGCCUACAAGCCCGAGUCGAGCCCAGGUUCCAGACAGAUCCAGCUGUGGCACUUCAUCCUGGAGCUGCUGAGGAAAGAGGAGUACCACGACGUCAUCGCCUGGCAGGGAGACUAUGGAGAGUUUGUCAUCAAGGACCCAGACGAGGUGGCCCGCUUGUGGGGGGCGAGGAAGUGUAAACCACAGAUGAACUAUGACAAGCUUAGCCGAGCUCUAAGAUACUACUACAACAAGAGGAUCCUUCACAAGACCAAAGGGAAGAGAUUCACCUACAAGUUCAACUUCAACAAACUAGUGCUGGUCAACUACCCCUUCAUCGACAUGGGCUCUGGUCGAGUCCCUCAGAGUGCCCCCCCAGUGCCAACUGGAGGCAACCACUUUCGUUUCCCCCCCUCCACGCCGUCAGAAGUCCUCUCAUCCAGUGAGGAGCUGCGCAGCCCCGGCAUGUUCAGCAGCGUGGCUCGCCGCAUGGCCCGGGGCUCUGUGAGCGACUGCAGCGACGGCACCUCCACCAACUCUGAGCUGGAGGAGGCUAUGGGGGCCGAUGAGCGAGGCAUGGGGCCCGAGAGGGCUUACAGGGGCCUGCUUCCUCCACGUCUGCCUCAUGAUUCUUUCUUCAGGGUCUACCCGAACCCAGCAGGGCUUGCCAGACAUGGGCCCAGGGUCCACCCAGAGCCUCUGUCUCCAUUCCCUGUCUCCCCCCUGCCUGGCCCCGGGGGUCUUCUGGCCCCAACUCUGUCCCCCGCCCUGUCCAUGACCCCUACCCCCCACCUGCCCUACACCCCUUCUCCCUCCCUGUCCUCUCCCAUGUUGGGCUCCCACUUCUCCUUCAACGCGGAGGACAUGAAGCACUACCUGCAGGCCCACACCCAGUCUGUCUACAACUACCACCUCAGCCCCCGAGCCUUCCUCCACUACCCCAACAUCAUUAUCCCUCAGCCCCACCGCCCCACCCCAGAGAAGCCAGCCGCCCAUCACCUCCACGGGCAGCAGCACCCGUCACUGUUCUCUCAUUCGCUCGGCCAGCAGCCAGGGGGCGGAGAGGAGGGGCAGCAGUACCCAUCACCGUUCAAGCUGCAGCCGCCGCCGCUUGGACGCAAACAGAGGGAAUCUGGGAGCUCACUGGCUGCUUCUUCUUCCUCCUCUUCCUCCAGCCAGUCCUCCUCAUUCACAGGGUCAAGUCAGAAAAUCAACUCUGCCUUGUCUGCCGGGCCUCCUAAGAUCAAGGUGGAGCCCAUAUCAGACAUUGAGUCAGAAGAAGAGGUGGAGGUGACUGACAUCAGUGAUGAAGAUGAGCUCAAUCACAUUGACGAGGACGAUGAAGGUGACAUCUUCACCAGGACCGCUCGUCACCAUCCUCAUCAUCAGCUUAACAACCAUCUCCGAGCUAACGGAAACGGGAGCAGCCACUCUGCCCCUCCACACGCUAACCCUGAUGACGACCCCGAUGAUGACGAGGAGGUCUUCAAGACUCCUGCCACUCCUUCCCUUAGCGGCGGCGGCCUGGCCUUCCCUCUGAUCCACCUGAAGAGUGAGCCGGGUCAGGCGGCUCCCAUCAGCCCCGGGGGCACGCGCUGCAUCCCACUCAAACUCCGCUUCAAACGCCGCUGGAGCGAAGACCAGAAGAUGGAGGCGGACGGAGAGAGGGACGAGGCAGAGGACAAGAAAGUGAGGGCUAACGGAGAGGAGGAGGUGGGGGGGAAGAGAGAGGAGGUGGGCAGGAGAGUGGGGGAGGUGGAGAAUGGGGGAGGAAGAGAAGGAGCAGGAGGGGUUAUUUUGGGGUUGAUGCUGCCACCGCCUCCCACCCAGCGCAGAGCGAGCUCAGAGCUGCAGAGGGCCACAGCACAGCUGUCUCUGGAAAACACUGGCUGCUGA